ACAGCCAACGUCUGGACCUGGGCGAAAAUCUACCACGAGCGGAGCAAGCACGCCAAGCCAACAUUCGGGGACGCCUUCGACAAAAUCAAGCAGAGGGACAAGGCCAGCAUCACCUGGCUCAUCCUCACAUUCGCUUAGUACGGAAUCCAGCGAGGGCACGAAACCAGCCGUGGUUACAAAGAGCACCCCUGGAGCGCCAUCAGGAAGCACGCCCGCAACGGAAAGCACCCAUCAUACGACCCCUGGCAAGGUAACAAGCAGUACUCCAAAAGUGCCACCAGGAAGCACACCUGAAACACCUGGAACAGCUACUACAGAGCGUACAAGACCUGGCCCGCCUGUAACACCUGGAACAGCUAGUACCUCAGAGCAUACAAGACCUGGCCCGUCUGGACCCACGAGCAGCGAAGGUUCAAGCAUUAGCAUGCCUGAAACAGAAACCCCAGGAGCAUCGACACCCGUAACGCCUGGAACGGGAAGCACUGAACACUCUAAGCCUGAAACACCCGGAACAGCUACCUCAGAGCGUACAAGACCUGGUCCGCCUGUAACACCUGGAACAGCUACCUCCGAGCAUACAAGACCUGGCCCGCCUGGAACGGGAAGCACUGAACUCUCAUCGUCUGAAGCACCUGGAACAGCUACCUCAGAGCGUACAAGACCUGGCCCACCUGUAACACCUGGAACAGCUACCUCAGAGCAUACAAGACCUGGCCCGUCUGGACCAACGACCAGCGAGGGUUCAAGCAUUAGUCUGCCUGAAACAGAAACCCCAGGACCAUCGACACCCGUAACGCCUGGAACGGGAAGCACUGAACACUCAUCGCCUGAAUCACCUGGAACAGCUACCUCAGAGCGUACAAGACCUGGCCCGCCUGUAACACCUGGAACAGCUACCUCAGAGCAUACAAGACCUGGCCCGUCUGGACCAACGACCAGAGAGGGUUCAAGUAUUAGCAUGCCUGCCACAGAAACUCCUUUUGAAACGAGCUCGAUAAGGCCAGAACCCAGAAGUACUGAGACUACAAGUCCAGAAACGCCAGAAACAGAAACCACUGAGUUUGGAAGCAGCAGAUGGCCUGGAACAGAAAUCCCAGGACCAUCGAGACCUGUAACGCCUGGACCGGGAAGCACUGAACACUCAUCGCCUGCAGAACCAACAUCGCUGGCUCCAUCGUCUGAAACCCCUGCGAAAGAAACCACUGAAGGCCCGUCGCCGGGAACAGCAAGCUCCUCGAGAACACGCUCAACGGAGAAAGGAAGAACACGUCCUUCGGGACCAAGCUUCAGCACGACAGAAGAGGGAAGCUCUGAAGGGUCAACAGAAAGCACGUUUUUCCGGUGA